CCAUAGCCAACAUAAGAACAUCACCCCCAAUAUUCCCAUAAUCAGAUAAUCUUGUGCAUAAGCAUUUCAGAGGAUGAAGUUGGUUAAGAGAGAUUAUGAGCGUGUGAUGAAGUACUUCGAUGAAGAUGGUGAUGGGAAGAUUUCGCCAUGGGAGCUGAGGAAGAAGCUGGGGAUGAUGGGUGAUGAGUUAGUGUUGAAAGAGGUUGAAUUGUUGGUUCAGGAAUUGGAUUCCGACGGUGAUGGGUGUGUGAGUAUGGAGGAUCUGGUGAAGAUGAUGGAAGGUGCAGGAGAAGAAGAGAAGAUGAGGGAUUUGGAAGAGGCUUUUGAGAUGUACAAUGAUUCUGAAAUGUUAGGGUUCAUAACUCCCAACAGCUUGCAAACAAUGCUUGGUAGGUUAGGGGAAUCAAAAUCCAUCCACCAAUGCAAAGCCAUGAUUCAUCACUUUGAUCUCAAUGGUGAUGGCCUCCUCAGCUUUCAUGAGUUUACACUCAUGAUGCACUGAUCCCUCUUUUAUCUAUUUUAUAUUCAAUUUAUUCAUAUCUUUGUACAUCAUUUUAUUCACAUAUGGAUAUUCAUUAUUAGCCUUCUAGAACAAAGAUAUUGAUGUUGAUAAAAUAGAAGUAUCUUAUUUAUUUUUAGAAGACCAA